CGUGUUCUCAUAUUUUUUACGUAAUGAAGGAAGAACACGUUGAUCGUAUCCCAAACAAUUUGGUUUUGACGCGAUGGACCAAGGAUGCAAAAAUUCAGUUUUUGAACAGCAGCAAUUUUAAUGAUAAUGUUGAUUUGAAUACGAUUGCCGAAGCUCGUUUUGGUUCAUAUUGUACUGUUUUAACAGAGUUCUGCAAAGAAGCUUCAAAAAAAGAUGGUGUUUAUGCACAAAUAAUGGAAGACCUGAUGCAGCUGAAAAAAAAGUAUUGCAGUAAAGAUGAUGAUGCAAUCGGUACACAAAAGUCAGCAGUAGGCGAUCCAGUUAUGGUUAAGUGUAAAGGUGCUCCAAAGAAAAAGAAUAAUGUCGCAAAAUCUGCCAGGCGCCGUUCAAAUGGCAAAAAUACAACUCCUAAUUCGAAGAGAUGUUCGGGUACACAACAAACGACAGAACAAGUGGCAGAACCAAAUGUCGAUUUGUACUCGGUGUCGAUUUCUGAUUCUGUAAGCCAAAUUGCUGAGAAAAGGAAAAGAAAAGAAGCUUGCAAUGUUCAAAGAAGUGUGCAAAACAAAACUUUGUAUCCGCCAAGAUACCGCGCUGCUACCACCAUUACGACACCUGCACAUAUGGAAUUACAGAGCACAAGCAGAAAUAUGAAUCAACAACUGUAUCCUAUGAUGCCUAUGGUACAUCCGAUGAUUCAACCGAUGCCCGUACAACCCAUAUACCCAAUGUAUGGACUGCAACCUGGAAUGCAACAAGGAAUGCAACAUGGAACGAAUGUUGGUCAAAGUUCAUGCUAUGGUCUGCUACAACAUGUUAUGAAAUCUGCUAAGAAUGAUUGA